AUGGGUCUCAAAUCGUACUUUGCCCCUCGCAAGGGCGAAGACAAAAAGAAGGCGGAAGUCACGACUGAGAAGCCAGUCGAGCCACGGCCUGACAGCUUGCCGCCGCUCGAUUCGCCUCGACCUGCUUACAUUGCAGGCUCGAGCGGCUCCUCUCCCUAUGGAUCCCGUCCGAACUCUCUCUACCGAAACUCGGGCAUGGACCAGCUGAGCGAGAUCAAGUGCGAUGUCAUGGUCAACUGGCUCCACUCCCAGCAGGAGGAGAAACUGUGGUGCGCCGGCGAGUAUGAGGAGGGUGUUGUCUUGAAGAAGGCCCGAGGCUCGUACGCAUGCUGUCCUGCAGAGCUGGCAGAAGAGCCGAAUGGGUUCCUGAAGGCUAUCGAGCAGCUCAAUGUUCGCGUUGCCAUGACUGUCAACACCCGCGUCAUCAAGAUCUUGCUCCACAACAACAACCUGCCGUACGUCGAGAUCCAGAAGGGCCUGCGAGUGCAGGUGCUUCCCGACAUGUCGUUCCUGCCGCGUUGCCAGAAGCACCAGUUCGCUGCCUUCAUUGCCGAUCGCGGGAUUCUUGUCGUUUGGGAAGACCAGCCGAAAAAGCUGCUCGAGCGCAUCAAGAACAUCGAGGCUGCCCUCAUGGACAUGAUAUGGCAGGAGGGUGAAGACGGCGACGACGAGAAGAAAGAGGCCUCGUACGACGUCUACGAGGUCGAGGACCCCGAGGCGGCUGAGGAAAAGCCCCGCAGGACCGUCUUGGUCCAAGCCCUGAUCACGGCAUGCACCAUGAUCGUCACCUGCGCUGCCAUUGGCUCUGGCUGGCGCGAAAUCGCCGUCCAGCUGCAGGUCGACGGCAACUACAUCCGCCUCGCUUUCGCCGCCGUGGUGAUUCCACAGGCAUGGCUGUCUCUGUUCUUCUUCCAGGCUCUUGUCGGCAACAUCGCGCAGAUAAUUGGACCCAUCGGCCAGGUUAACGAAAACAGCAAGUACUACUCUGGGAUUGCCCCUCGCCGGUUGAACCGCGACACUGGUGUUCUUCCCCAUGUGACUAUCCAGUGCCCCGUCUACAAGGAAGGCCUUCAUUCGGUCAUUGAGCCCACCAUUCGCUCCAUCAAAGCCGCCAUCUCCACUUACGAGAUGCAGGGCGGCACUGCCAACAUCUUCGUCAACGACGAUGGCAUGCAGUUGCUUCCAGAGGAAGAGGCUCGCGAACGUCAAGAAUUCUAUGAUGAGCAUAGCAUUGGCUGGGUCGCUCGUCCCAAGCACAACCCCAAGCCUGCUGAGGGCGAAGAGGUCUUCUUGCGCCGCGGAAAGUUCAAGAAGGCUUCCAACAUGAACUAUGCCCUUUGGGUUUCCAACCGUGUCGAGGAGAAGCUGGUCCCUCUGCACCGCUCGGAUGCCUGGACUCAGGACGACGAAGCUGCCGCCUACCGCAAUGCCCUUGCCGAGGUUGUCGCCGAAGACGAAGGUCGCACUUGGGCCGAUGGCAACAUCCGCGUCGGUGACUACAUCCUGCUGAUCGACUCUGAUACCCGUGUCCCCAAGGAUUGCUUCCUCGAAGCUGUCAGCGAAAUGGACCAGUCUCCUCAGGUCGGCAUCAUCCAGUACUCUUCGGGUGUCAUGAACGUUACCGACAGCUUCUUCGAGCGCGCCAUCACCUACUUCACCAAUCUGAUCUACACGCAGAUUCGCUUCUCGGUCGCUUGCGGUGACGUUGCACCCUUUGUUGGCCAUAACGCUUGGCUGCGCUGGUCUGCCGUCCAGAACAUCGCUUACGAUUGCAAAGACGACCACCGCGAAAAGUACUGGAGCGAGGCGACUGUGUCCGAGGAUUUCGAUAUGGCUCUGCGCUUGCAGACUGAAGGCUACACCAUUCGCCUCGGCGCGUACAAGGGUGACGGCUACAAGGAAGGCGUGUCUCUUACGGUCUAUGAUGAAUUGGCUCGCUGGGAGAAGUAUGCGUACGGCUGCAGCGAGCUGAUCUUCCAUCCUCUCCGCUAUUGGCCCAUCCGCGGACCGUUUACCAAGCUCUUCCGCAGGUUCAUCAUGUCUAGCAUGCCGCUGCCUUCGAAGCUUACCAUUAUGGCGUACAUUGGCACCUACUACGCCAUUGGCUCUGCCUGGAUCCUGACUUUGCUCAACUACUUCAUCAUUGGCUGGUUUAACGGUUACUACGACCAUUACUACACGUCUUCGUUCGAGAUCUACUUUGGCAUUGUCGUCGUUUUCAAUGCCCUCGGCAACAUCGCGCUUGGAAUUCUCCGCUACCGUACUGAGGAAAAGCCGCUCCUUUCGGCGUGGGUCGAAUGCUUCAAAUGGGUGCCGCUUCUCACUUGCUUCCUGGGCGGCCUGUCGUUGCACGUCUCGCAAGCCAUUCUCUGCCACAUGUUUUCCAUUGACAUGUCGUGGGGCGCGACGGCCAAGGAAGCCGAGAACAUCUCUUUCUUCGAGGAGAUUCCGCGUGUGCUCAAGCGCUUCAAGUACACCUUCAUCUUCUGCAUCGCCUGCAUCGCCCUCAUGGUCUGCGGCUCCUACUUCUUCCCGCCGCUCUACCAGGUCAACACCUUCGUCGCCAUUUGGCCCCUGUCUACCAUCGUUGCCGCACACCUGCUCCUUCCCAUCGCCCUGAACCCGAAUCUGAUGCUGUUCACGUGGUAG